CAGCUCUUGCUGUCAGGGAGCGUCCAUUCUGUAGUGGAGGCGCAACCAGAAUGUGUCUCUGUUUAUCUCAUCUGCCGCAGCAGCACAGGUCCAACAUUUAACAUUUAAAGGACAUAAAAGAGCUUUCUUUUUUUUACUCAUCUACAAGAGUUACAAGAAAAAGGAGUUGAAAGGAUUUAUAUAUCUGCUAAACCUGAGCUGUCCCUUCUGCUUCUCUUCUAUUUCCUACUUCCUGUCCUUUGUUUUCGAGCAGCAGAAUCUCUGACAGCACAGACAAAACAGACCAUCACAUCCGUAGCCUCUGAAGACUGCAGGAAAAACUCGUCAAAACCUGCAACCUUAAUGCGACAUAGCUGGACUUGUCAUCUGUGGAUCUGCAGUGCGUGAGCGUCCCAGGCUGACAGGGCCCCCACCACAUUGUGUGUGCGUGUGUGAGGAGGCUAAUGCCCGCGGUAGUGUGGCCAGAACCAGAGGAGGAUGAGUCCGGCUGUGGAGGCUCAGGCCCAAGAGGCCAUGGAUGCAGAGCAAAAGGACAAACAGAAACAGAACCAGCUGCAAAACCAGCUGCAGCGCCAGCAGUGCUGCAUUGAGAAAGGGGUGAUGCUUGAGCCCUUCGUGCACCAGGUCGGGGGACAUUCCUGCGUCCUGCGCUUUGGGGAGCAGACCAUCUGCAAGCCCCUCAUUGCCCGUGAACAUCAGUUCUACAAGAGCCUGCCUGCUGCAAUGAGGAAGUUUACCCCCCAGUACAGAGGUGUGGUCUCGGUAAGCUUUGAGGAGGAUGAAGAAGGGAAUCUUUGCCUAAUCGCCUACCCCCUCCACAGUGACUCUGCAGCAGAUCUAGAAAACAAGGACCACUCAACAGACUGUGAACCCAAGAUGCUCCAGUGGGGUAAAAUGUUGGCAUCCUCACUGCUUGUGGACAGCGAAAACUACACCAAAGAUGGUCGCAGCCGACAAACUCGCAAAGACAAGGAAAAGAGUGCCCACAUGCUGCAGGAUGACAUGGAGCUGGAGUGGCUGCAGCAGGCCGAGGUGUCCCACUACAGACUGGAGCACAGUCACUGUAACGCUGUCCCGCAGCUCAAACACAACCCCUGGAGCCUCAAGUGUCACCAGCAGCACCUGCAGAGGAUGAAGGAGAAUGCAAAGCACCGAAAUCAAUACAAAUUUAUUCUGUUAGAGAACCUAACCUGGCGGCACGCCGUGCCAUGUGUGCUGGACCUGAAGAUGGGCACACGGCAGCAUGGAGACGACGCUUCAGAGGAGAAGAAAGCCAUGCAGAUCCGCAAGUGUCAGCAGAGCACGUCGGCCUCUAUAGGAGUUCGCCUCUGCGGCAUGCAGGUGUACCAUUCUGACACAGGCCAGCUGAUGUUUAUGAACAAGUACCACGGCCGCAAACUGGCCCUGCCAGGUUUCAAGGAGGCUCUGUUCCAGUUCUUCCACAGCGGGCACCGCCUGCGCCGUGAACUGCUUUCCCCGGUGCUCAGCAGGCUCAGACAGAUGCAAGCUGCCCUGGAAGCCUGCGAAUCUUACCGCUUUUACUCCAGUUCCCUGCUCAUCAUCUACGAUGGAGCCCCACACAGAAAACACACACGGCGACGCACAGAAGAUGGCCUCUCUGAAGAUGAGGAGGAGGAGGAUGAAGACGAGGAAGUGGAAGCCGAACCCGAAACUGAGGAGGAGGGGGAAGAUGAGGAGGAGGAGGAGGGUGAAGUGGCAGGUGCACUUGGCUUUCCACACAGCCCCUCCACGUCUAGCGAUGGCAGCAAUAGCUGCUCCAGCAGCAGCGCAAGCUCAAGUAUCAGCCAGACUCGCUUGUCCCAACCAAACCCCCGUGGCCCCGUGGUGGAUGUGAGAAUGAUAGACUUCGCCCACACCACAUGCAGACAUUACCGCGAGGACAGCGUGGUCCACGAGGGCCAGGACAGUGGCUACAUAUUUGGCCUCCAGAACCUGAUCACAUUCAUCUCUGAGCUGGAGAACCACAGCACAGACUGAAAACUGCAUAAAGCACAUGUGUUCAAACACCGAGGCACGAUAACACUCUCAAACAGGAGGAACAAAGGAGUAACAGAACAUAGACGUGGAGAGAGGUUUCUUCUAACCUCCGCAAAAUUGUAGCUGGCCUUUUAACAGGACCCUCUCCCUGUUCCUGCCAUGGUGCUUUUCAAUGUCACCAUUGCGUAUGUCGACCACCUGGAUAUGAAACACCAUCUGUGUGAAUGCUGCCCUGAUUUACCCAGUAUCAUCGUCCUGUUUUAACCCUCAUAACCAUAAUAAAGAAGGGUAGGCAGCAAAUAAAAGCAGCUUGAAGUUUGAGAAAGAAGAAUGUUUUCCUUGUGUCUGAUUUUCCAAAGAAGUGUCACAUAAACAUGCACUGUAAGACACUCUGAAGACUGUUUAGACGAUACAAGGCUAUCAAAGGAAGCAGGAGUUGCACGAGGACAGAUGAUGGAAGAAAGAUAAGCUCAACCCCCUUGCUUCUUCUUUUUUUCCUGUUCUGCCAUCAUUUUUCCCUUUUCAUCUGCUAUAUUCAUAUGUCAGAGAGAAAAUAGAGAUAUUUAUUUAUUUGACAGGUUUCAUAAAAUAAACUAAAAUUUUUAAAAAUGUGAAUGGAAAGUAGAACAUUCCAUGUUAUUAAUGUUACAAUAAUGAUAUUAAUAUUGUUAUUUGACAUGUUUGGAUACCUCUAUCUUGUUUUUCUGUGUUGUCAACAGUUUGUUGGGGGGAAAUUAAAACUGGUUUGUGGUAA